AUAUGAUAAAUGGGCCUAAAAGGCUCAAACAAAUAAGCCCAUGUAAAUAUCCAUCGAUUUAUUCAGGCGAAAGGGUGAAACAUACUGUAGUUCUAAAAAAUUAAUGGUGUCGUCAAAGAAACCCAAGGAGAAGAAGGCGAGGAGCGAUGUCGUCGUCAAUAAAGCGAGUGGUCGGAGUAAACGCAGCUCCGGUUCCAGAACGAAGAAGACGUCGAACAAGGUUAACAUUGUGAAGAAGAAGCCGGAGAUUUACGAGAUCUCAGAAUCAUCGAGCAGUGACUCUGUGGAAGAAGCAAUAAGAGGCGAUGAGGCGAAGAAAAGUAACGGCGUCGUGAGCAAGAGGGGUAACGGAAAGAGUGUAGGAAUUCCGACGAAGACGAGUAAAAAUCGAGAAGAGGACGAUGGAGGCGCGGAAGAUGCUAAGAUCAAGUUUCCGAUGAAUCGGAUUCGGCGGAUCAUGAGAAGCGAUAAUUCUGCUCCUCAGAUUAUGCAGGAUGCUGUAUUUCUUGUCAACAAAGCCACGGAGAUGUUCAUUGAGCGGUUUUCUGAAGAAGCUUAUGAUAGUUCCGUCAAGGACAAAAAGAAAUUCAUCCACUACAAACACCUCUGUAAGCUCUAAUCUCGUCCCUAUUUGCCAAUAUCUGGUUACCUCAAUACUGAAUCCCAUGUCGAAAAUCUCAUGCUGCUGCACCAAUUGCUGAACUUAGGAUUUCUGGCUUCUGCACAAGGGCCAGUAGUUAGUCUUAGGAAGAGUUUAGAUAAUGAGUUAAUCCGUUCGUAUCACUUGCAAGAUUUGUUGCACUCCUAACAUAAUUGAUGACACUGUCAUUUCUACUCGUUGGCAGCAUCCGUAGUGAGUAACGACCAGAGAUACGAGUUCCUUGCAGAUAGUGUUCCCGAGAAACUUAAAGCAGAGGCCGCGUUGGAGGAAUGGGAAAGAGGCAUGACAGAUGCAGGCUGAAAUAAAUCCGGUUGGAAUCGAACUGAACCAUUUGGAUUCAAAUUUGUGUCCCUGUCCUGGUUUAUACUUCAUAGGUUCCAUCCGCCCGAUCUUCACCUUUCUUAUUAACCACUACUGAGAUUGCACAUAUUUGAUUUCUAGAAUGUAUACAUUUUUUUUCUUGUUUCAAGUUAAAAUUUGUAAGAGUUGUCGGAAUUCUAAUAUCUUUCUUUAGUAUCUAUAUAUACAUUUUUGCAGCCAUUUUGUGAAAUAAAUUUUGUAGUUGGACUUAUUUACAAUGGCUGCCACUGGAUUUUGAUGUUUGUAUUUGAUAAUUAGAAAGAAAAUCUUCGAAUUAAAUAUUUGACAUUUAACAAUC